AUUGUGCUCUCUCUUCUGGUAUAAAAGUGGAAUUAUCAACAAAAGCAAGUGUCUGACUUCCCUUCUAGUGGAUGAGCUGAAGGCCAAGCUGGCAGCCCAAGAAGUGGAGCUGAAGCAGAAGAAUGAUGAUGCUGACAAGCUGAUCCAGGUGGUGGGGGUAGAGACGGAGAAAGUGAGCAGGGAAAAGGCAAUCGCCGAUGAGGAGGAGCAGAAAGUGGCACUUAUCGCCCGGGAGGUCGAGCAGAAACAGAAGGACUGCAAGGAGGACCUGGCCAAAGCUGAGCCUGCCCUGGAAGCUGCCCAUGCUGCUCUGAACACCCUCAACAAGAAGAAUCUGACAGAGCUCAGGUCCUUUGGGUCACCACCUUCAGCUGUCAGCAAUGUCACUGCAGCCGUGAUGGUGCUGAUGGCCCCAGGAGGAAAGAUUCCCAAGGACCGGAGCUGGAAAGCAGCGAAAGCCGCCAUGGCCAGGGUGGACGGCUUCCUGGACUCCUUGAUCAAGUUUGAUAAAGAGAAUAUCCACGAGAACUGCCUCAAAGCUCUUCAGCCCUAUUUGCAAGAUCCCAAGUUUAAACCCGAAUUCGUGACCACCAAGUCCUACGCCGCGGCCGGCCUCUGCUCCUGGGUGGUGAACAUCGUGCGGUUCCACGAGGUGCACUGCGACGUGGAGCCGAAGCGGCAGGCUCUGAGCAAAGCCAACGCGGAGCUGGCGGCUGCCCAGGACAAGCUGGCCAGCAUCAAGGCCAAAAUUGCCCGCCUCAACGAGAACCUGGGAAAGCUCACAGCCAAGUUUGAGAAGGCCACUUCAGACAAACUCAAAUGUCAGCAAGAAGCUGAAGCUACAGCGUGUACCAUCGCUCUUGCAAAUCGACUGGUUGGGGGACUCACCUCUGAGAAUGUGAGAUGGGCUGAAGCCGUGAAGGACUUCAAACAGCAACAGAGCACCUUGUGUGGAGAUGUCUUACUGAUUACAGCCUUCGUCUCCUACCUGGGCUACUUCACCAAGAAAUACCGUCAAAACCUCCUGGAUGGAAUCUGGAAGCCAUAUUUGCACCAGCUAGAAGUGUCAAUCCCUGUAACUCCGUCCCUCGAUCCUCUGACCAUGCUGACAGAUGAUGCUGAUGUAGCAACUUGGCAGAACGAGGGCCUUCCAGCUGAUCGGAUGUCCACUGAAAAUGCCACCAUCCUCACCAACUGUGAGCGCUGGCCCCUCAUGGUGGAUCCCCAGCUGCAGGGUAUCAAGUGGAUUAAAGCAAAGUAUGGUGAAGACCUCCGAGUGAUCCGAAUUGGGCAGAAGGGGUAUUUGGACACGAUCGAACGAGCCCUGGCAGCAGGAGAACUGGUUUUGAUUGAAAACCUGGAGGAAUCUGUGGAUCCAGUUUUGGGGCCGUUACUGGGACGAGAAACAAUCAAGAAAGGAAGGUACAUUAAGAUCGGGGACAAAGAGUGUGAUUUCAACCCUGCUUUCCGCCUCAUCCUCCACACAAAACUGGCAAACCCCCAUUUCCAACCUGAGCUGCAGGCACAGUGCACCCUCAUCAACUUCACCAUCACGCGAGAUGGCUUGGAGGACCAGCUGCUUGCAGCUGUGGUCAACAUGGAGAGGCCUGACUUGGAAGAGCUUAAGUCAGAUCUCACAAAGCAACAGAAUGGAUUCAAAAUCACCUUGAAAACAUUAGAGGACAACUUGCUCUCUCGGCUGUCAUCAGCAUCUGGGAACUUCCUGGAAGACACAGCAUUGGUGGAGAACUUGGAGAUCACUAAACAGACAGCUGCAGAAAUUAAAGAGAAGGUCCAGGAGUCUAAGGUGACAGAAACCAAGAUUAACGAGGCCAGAGAGCACUACAGGCCUGCUGCCGCGCGGGCCUCUCUGCUGUACUUCACCAUGAACGACCUCCAGGCCAUCCAUCCCAUGUACCAGUUCUCUCUGAAGGCAUUCAGCGUCGUGUUUCAGAAAGCCAUUGAGAGGGCACCUCCAGAUGAGAGCCUCGCAGCGCGCGUGCUGAACCUCAUCGACAGCAUUACCUUCUCUGUUUUCCAGUACACAACCCGGGGGCUGUUUGAGUGUGAUAAACUGACCUACACUGCUCAAGUCACCUUCCAGAUACUUCUGAUGAGUAAAGAAAUCAACACAGUAGAACUGGAUUUCCUACUGAGAUACCCAGCACAGACCAGAGUCACAAGCCCUGUGGAGUUCCUGUCCAAUCAUUCCUGGGGAGGAAUCAAGGCUCUCUCAUCCAUGGAGGAAUUCAGAAACCUGGAUCGAGAUAUUGAGGGCUCUGCAAAACGGUGGAAGAAAUUUGUUGAAUCUGAGUGUCCUGAAAAGGAGAAGUUCCCUCAGGAAUGGAAGAACAAGUCGGCUCUGCAGCGCCUGUGCAUAAUGAGAGCCAUCCGACCCGAUCGCAUGACCUACGCUGUCAGAGAUUUUAUAGAAGAAAAGCUUGGCAGUAAAUAUGUGGUAGGGAGAUCCCUGGAUUUUGCAACAACCUUUGAGGAAUCAGGACCUGCAACCCCAGUGUUUUUUAUCCUGUCCCCAGGAGUCGACCCACUGAAGGAUGUGGAAAAACAAGGGAAGAAACUUGGUUAUACAUUUAACAACAGGAAUUUCCACAAUGUUUCCCUUGGACAAGGUCAAGAGGUAGUUGCUGAACAAGCUCUAGAUCUGGCUGCAAAGGAAGGUCACUGGGUCAUUCUUCAGAACAUCCACCUGGUGACCAAGUGGCUGAGUCCCCUGGAGAAGAAGCUGGAACAGCACGGUGAGGGCAGCCACCAGGAUUUCCGCGUCUUCCUCAGCGCAGAGCCGGCCCCCUGCCCUGACAGCCACAUCAUUCCGCAGGGCAUCCUGGAGAACUCCAUCAAAAUCACCAGCGAGGCCCCGGCUGGGAUGCACGCAAACCUGCACAAAGCCCUCGACAACUUCAGCCAGGACACCCUGGAGAUGUGCACCCGGGAGAAUGAGUUCAAGAGCAUCCUCUUUGCCCUCUGCUACUUCCAUGCUGUGGUGGCAGAAAGGCGCAAGUUUGGCCCCCAAGGCUGGAACCGUUCCUACCCCUUUAACACUGGCGACCUCACUAUCUCUGUGAACGUGCUGUAUAAUUACCUGGAGGCCAGCUCAAAGGUCCCAUACGAUGAUUUAUGUUACCUCUUUGGUGAGAUUAUGUACGGAGGGCACAUUACAGAUGACUGGGACAGGCGACUUUGCAAAACCUAUUUGGAAGAAUUUAUUAAGCCAGAAAUGAUGGAGGGAGAACUCCUCCUUGCUCCAGGAUUCCCCCUCCCAGGGAACAUGGACUAUAAUGGCUAUCAUCAGUACAUAGACGACGCCUUGCCUCCAGAGUCUCCUUAUCUGUAUGGCCUCCAUCCCAACGCUGAGAUUGGCUUCCUUACCCAGACCUCAGAGAAGCUUUUCCGCAUCCUGUCGGAGAUGCAGCCCCGGGACACCAGCGGGGGUGAAGGAGGAGUGGUGACCAGGGAAGAAACGGUGAAAGCCCUUCUGGAAGAGAUGUUAGAGAAAUUGAUGGAUGAGUUUAACAUUGCAGAACUGAUGGCAAAGGUGGAGGAGAGGACGCCAUACGCUGUGGUUGCCUUCCAGGAAUGUGAGCGCAUGAACAUCCUCACCAGUGAAAUAAAGCGUGCUCUCAAGGAACUGGACCUGGGGCUGAAGGGAGAACUGACCAUGACAAGUGACAUGGAGAACUUGCAGAAUGCCCUCUUCUUGGACGUGGUGCCUGAGUCCUGGAUAAAGAGGGCUUACCCUUCCACGGCCAGCCUGGGCUCAUGGUUUGCUGACCUCCUCACUCGCAUCAAGGAGCUGGAGGCCUGGACAGGAGACUUUUCCUUACCCUCCACAGUGUGGCUUGCUGGGUUCUUCAAUCCCCAGUCUUUCCUGACAGCCAUCAUGCAGUCCACAGCCCGAAAGAAUGAGUGGCCUUUGGACAAGAUGACCUUGCAGUGUGACGUGACAAAAAAGAACAGAGAAGAUUUUGCCAGUCCUCCUCGGGAAGGGGCGUAUGUCCAUGGUUUGUUCAUGGAGGGUGCACGCUGGGAUGCACAGAUGGGGAUUAUUGCAGAUGCCAGGCUCAAGGAACUAACCCCGGCCAUGCCUGUCAUUUUCAUCAAAGCCAUUCCUGCUGACAAACAAGAUAUCCGUAGUAUCUACCCAUGUCCUGUAUACAAAACACGUCAAAGAGGGCCAACUUAUGUGUGGACUUUUAAUCUUAAAACUAGGGAAAAUCCUUCCAAGUGGGUGCUUGCUGGUGUGGCAUUGCUGCUACAGCUCUAGGCUCACCAACAGAGCACCUCAUUCACCAAUCCCUAACAGUGUCUUUCUAGGACAAUUUAAAAAACAGUAUCCUGAGAUUGAACCCAAGCUCCAGUUCACUGAGUACUGGGCACAUAACCUAAAGAGAGCCUGCAAGAAGGUGGCAGAGGUGCAGAAGGACACAUGGAACAGAUUCUUGACUGCUACAAAUCAAUAUCCUGUAACUCCUACAGUGCUGCACUGGAGCACUGGAAGAUCCCAACCCACAGCCAGAUCUUCCACACCAAGAGAGUGCUAAGCUUGAAUCUGAAUUUAAUGUUUAUUCUUCUAAUGUGAUCCAACGUAGUUUUAAAGUCAGUGGCCUUCUCCCAAAUCCUUAGAUAGUCCAGUGACCUGUGAAAUUCUUCAGACCUUAUUCUUUUCUAUACAUGAGUGUUUCUUUGUCAUUUGUAAUGUCAAAAGUAGGGAGAUCAGCAGAUAUUGUGGAUGUAAACUGCUAAUAUUCCUGUAUUAAUUUUAGAAACAUUGAAAAUAGUGUUAAUAUCCAGUGUGCUUAAUGUAAUCAACAGUAAAAAUACAGCACAGGGAUUAUCUAAGAAGAAUAUUUCAUAAUGAUAGAAACUUACUAAUAAAAGUCAUUAUUCCUGGACUAGUCUCUAAAAA